AUGGAGCACGGCCCGUUCUCCAUGGACAAUGGCCUAAAUUGUGUCUAUCCUAUUUUCUCUCUUUUGGCGAUAUAUUUUGAGCCCCAAUAUUCUCAAGCAAGAAAAAUAACAACAAAAGUAAUUGCAAUGAUAUCAAUCAUUGAUGAUACAUUUGAUGCAUAUGGAACCACUGAUGAAUUAGAAGUUUUUACUAAGGCAAUUGAAAGGUGGGAUAUUAGUUGCUUGGAUGACCUCCCAGAAUACAUGAAGUUAAUUUAUAAGUCACUCAUAAAGCUUUAUGAGGAAAUAAAGCAAGAAACGAAGAAGGAAGGAAAAUCAUAUUUCAUUAACUACAUUAUAAACGAAUUAAAAAAGGGUGUUCAAGCCUACAUGACUGAGGCUAGAUGGCUCAACAACAACUAUAAAACAACAAUAGAGGAAUACUUGCACACAUCAAAAACAUCUUCUUGUUACUGCACAUUGAUUGCAACAAGUUACAUUGGCAUGGGGGAUAUAAUCACAGAGGACAUAUUUGAAUGGGCAACAAGUGAACCAAAAAUUGUUAUGGCUUCUUGUACUAUUUGUAGGUUAAUGGAUGACAUUGUGUCCAAUGAGUUUGAACAAAAAAGAAGACAUGUUUCCACAUUCUUGGAAUGCUAUAUGGAUCAAUACGGCGAGUCUAGGGAAGCUGCAAUUCAUGAAUGUCGAAAGAGAAUAACAAAUGCUUGGAAAGAUAUAAAUGAGGAAUGUCUUAUGCCAACCAGUGUUCCAAUGCCUUUUCUACAGCGUAUUCUCAACAUUACACGUUUCAUAGAUGUGUUUUAUAAAGACAAAGAUAACUACACACAUUCUGGUGGACUAAUGAAAGAAUGUAUUAAAGCUUUGCUAAUAGAUCCAGUGCCAAUUUAAGCAUUCAUUUCUAUCCUUUGUUUUGUUGAAUAUGAAGUUGUUUAGAAAAUUUGUUUGAUAAAAUGCAUCUAUCAAGUAUAUUGGAAUGUAUUUUCAUUUUU